GUACACCGACCUCAAAACACACCGCCAGCUCCGUCCUCAGCACCCAUCUCUCCUUACACAAUGGAUUCCGCAAAAGCCCCCGUCAAACUCGCGACUGUCAUCAAGGUCCUUGGUCGGACUGGCUCCCGUGGUGGUGUUACACAAGUUCGUGUCGAGUUCAUGGACGACCCCAGCCGGACGAUCAUCCGAAACGUGAAGGGUCCUGUCCGGGAGAAGGACAUCUUGGCUCUCCUGGAGAGUGAGCGUGAGGCCCGGUACGUGCCAUCUGCGCUUCUUGUUGGCUCUGCUCUUACCUGGAAAUUUUUUCAAGUCGCCUGCGCUGAGGGCAUCGUUACGUCUUUUCCACGUCUUCUUCCCAUUCUUCGGUUCUGGUAUUCCUACUAUCUGUAUGAUCGUACAAAUGCUAUGCCCACGACGCAAUCGCAUUUCCGCUGUAUCGAUUCUCAUAUGGCGUGCUGCGUUUGUCCGUGCUUGUCAAGAAGAAGUCGUGAUAGGACUUCUGGCAGGAAGCUCGGAGCAGCAUGUGAAUCGCGAUGUCUAUAA